AUGUCAACUAGUACUGAUGGCCAAGGUAAAAACACAGUUCGGAGAAUCAAAUGCGACGAGACUCGACCAGCCUGCGACAGGUGCUCCAGGACUGGUCGUUACUGCGAUGGAUACCAAGUACAGCCGGCAACGCAAGCCAACGCUCCGUCACUCACCUUGUCACGCAUUGCCCACUCUCCGGCCACGACGCAGGAAGUAAGAGCUCUGCAGUUCUUCGUGGAACGCACGGCUGUGCAGUUCACUACGUUCGUACCAGAUGACUUGUGGAGUAACCGCGUUCUACAGCUGGCACACUCCAGCACUUGCAUUCGCCAUGCCCUGGUUGCGCUUUCGUCAUAUCACGAGCGAUACUGGAACGGCGAUGUCGGCGGCGAAACAGCGUAUGGCCUGCGGCAAUACAACAUGGCCAUCAACCAUGUGCUGGAAGCCGGUGCGGACCAACCAUUCUUUUUACCCAUUCAACUGGUGUCUUGCACCAUUUUCAUCUGCAUCGAGGUUCUAAGGCGGAACAUCAGCAAUGCUGUGCAUCUGUUCAAGUAUGGUUGCCGCAUGAUUCAAGACGCCUCGAGGCACGCCAGAAAAGGAGGCUACCUAGCUGCGGGUUUGUCCAUAGAACCCGUCCUGCGGCUGGUGGAGAAUUUCUUUUCUCGCAUCUCAACGCAGGUCUAUUUGGCCAUAGGAGGGGACAUCAACCACAAGCUGGCGGAUAUAAUUGCCCCCAUGAUCAAGCUCCGAGGGGCAGGAACUGCCCCUAAACGGACUAUUGCGUCCAUUCAGGAAGCCAGAGAGUCCUUGCUUAAGCUGGCAUUGCAAUACCGGAGAAACAUGGGCAUUACCCAGUCAAGAGCGUUGGCCAUCCGAUUCAGCUCCUGGGCUGCGGCCUUUGAUUCUUUUCGCAAAAUUUUUGAUCAGAAUAGCCUUACAAAGGCAGAAAAGCGAUCUCUCGCGCUUUUAGAACUGCAUAAGCGAUACAUGUACAUCAAUAUCGCUGCCCUGAACCAGGCUGAUCGUGAGGAUCCAUCCAUAUGGGAUCAAUGGACCCAAGAAUUUCGCGACAUGGUUGACUUUGCGGCCGAGGCAGCAGGGCUCGAUGCCGGCAUCGACGCGUCAAGCCAAAAACAAAAACCACAGUUUUACAUGGAGAUUGGCAUUGUUCCCGCGCUCUUCUUCCUCAGCGCCAAAUGUCGAGACGCAGGAGUGCGGCGUCGUGCGAUCGGAAUCAUGCAGUCCAAUCACAUACAGGAAGGUAUAUGGAACAGCGAGAUGGCGGUCAAGGUGGCGCAGAAGGUGAUUGACUUUGAAGAAGGCAAUCUCGGCGCCAAGUCGAGCACCGAGAUUGAUGAGUUGGCGAGGGUCCGGCAAGUCGCAGUUGACGCGGGACCUGAGGUUGCCUAUAUGGACAUAGGGUACGAGCUGCACGGCGGGUGGUUGGGAGAAGGACUCGGGUGA